AUCAGCCAUUUCUCAUGCAGGAGAAGACUGAUCGGCAAUGGAACAUAGGUAGCAUCGGAGUAUUUAUAACAGAAAUCACAUCCAGUUUGAGCUGCAUUUAGCCCAGAUACCUUUCCUGUGAGGGGAGUAGCAAAGGCAUCCAGAAACAAUCCAGAAGGGACGGCAGCUGCAGGAGGGCAAGCAUGGUCCUUACCACCUCAGGGAUGGAGGUCCACAACGCGUCUGCCCCCUUCAACUUCUCCCUACCGCCGGGCUUCGGCACGCGCCCCACAGACAAGGCACUGAGCGUCAUUCUGGUGUUCAUGCUGCUCCUUGUCAUGCUCACUCUGGGUUGCACCAUGGAGUUCAGCAAGAUCAAGGCUCACCUCUGGAGGCCCAAGGGACUCACCAUCGCUAUGGUAGCCCAGUAUGGCAUCAUGCCCCUCGCCGCCUUCCUGCUGGGCAAGGCCUUCCGGCUGAGUAACAUUGAGGCACUGACCCUCCUCAUCUGUGGCUGCUCACCUGGGGGGAACCUAUCCAACCUCUUCAGUCUGGCCAUGAAGGGGGACAUGAACCUCAGCAUCGUGAUGACCACCUGCUCCACCUUCUGUGCCCUGGGCAUGAUGCCUCUGCUCCUGUACCUCUACUCCAAAGGGAUAUACGACGGGGACCUGAAGGACAAGGUGCCCUAUGUGGGCAUCAUUAUAUCUCUGGUCAUGACUCUUAUUCCUUGCACCAUAGGAAUCUUCCUCAAGUCCAAACGGCCACAAUACGUACCCUACAUCAAUAAGGGAGGAUCGAUCAUUAUUCUCCUUCUCAGUGUGGCUGUCACAGUCCUUGCUUUCCUCAACGUGGGCAGCAGCAUUGUGUUUGCCAUGACACCAUACCUGCUGGCCACCUCCGCCCUGAUGCCCCUCAUUGGCUUUGUGCUAGGCUACCUUCUCUCUGCACUCUUCUGCCUCAACCCACAGUGCAGACGCACUGUCAGCAUGGAGACAGGAUUUCAAAAUCUUCAACUCUGUUCUACCAUCCUCAAUGUGACCUUCAAGCCUGAAGUCAUUGGGCCACUUUUUUUUUUCCCUCUCUUCUACAUGAUUUUCCAACUUGGAGAAGGACUGCUCUUCAUCAUUAUCUUUCGAUGCUAUAACAAAAUCAAGCCUGCCAAAGACGAAACAAAAAUGAUUUAUAAAGUUGCCCCAACUGAAGAAGCAACCCUAAAAGCUCUGGAAAAUGGCAUCCACAAGGAGGAUCAAGCACUUACAGACAAAACAAAAAUGACCUGUAAUACUGCCCCAGCUGAAGAAACAAUUCCAAUAGCUCCAGAAAACAGCAUCCACAAAGAGGAGCACACUCAAGCCUAGCACUUCCUCAGUGGCCUGGAUUCCAGCCAAGUGGCAGGUCAAUACACCCAAAAAGAAGGAACAGCAGGCUUCUGAGUCUUUCCCUGGUACUUCCAGAAAACCUUACGUUCAGCAAACAAGUCAGCACAAUCAAGUUUUGGUCUAAAGACAGACAGGAGUAUCUAUACGCAAGGAGCCUCACUGAUCUCCAGUUCAGGAUGGAGUAUUUGUUUGAAAAAUAAGAGACUUGUUCAAUGACUAAUAUACUCUUAAGGAGAAAAAAAAAAAAAAAAAGAAACUGCCUUUUGCCCCUAGAUCCCUAGAAAACUGCCUUGUAAAUGUUAUGUCACUCAACUUCUGAACUAAUUAAUGGGUGUUCCAUCCACUAAUCAAGUAUCUAAAUGCCAUUUCCAAGUUUGUAAUCUGAAAGAAAAAUUAACGGACCACAGAUGUAAUCUAAAAUAGCCCAGAUCCUAUUCUAUUUCCAGUGACAUCAUUUCAAGUUCCUCAAAAUAAGUCAAAUGACACCAAAUGCAAAAGUAGACACAAAUGCAAAGGCAACUAAUGAACAAGACUCAAAACAACUCUCAUCUCUGAGAUUUGAAUAUCAGAAGCAGACAAAAACAAAGCCAAGAAAACUUAAUUUCAUUAAUCAUAUCAUCAUGAAUCAGUGGCAUCAUAUACGCAAAACUAAGGGAAGCACUACAAAUAAAGAGUAGUUCCACAAUUCAAACAGAA